UGCCUGCGAUUUUUAGGACCAAAACAUUUGGGAGGAUGUAUGGGGAGCCUCUGCAUGUGCUCCACCCCUCCACAGCUGAAGGGCUACUGUUGCUGUUAUAAGAGCCCUCCCUGUCAACUAGACUGUCACACUGGAUCAUCCUAUGGGGAAGUGUCUAAACCAACUGGGGACUUCUGCUGGCUAAAGCUUGGAGUUACAGCGACUUUUACGCACGGCUCUUGUCCGCAUGUUUUCCAUUUAAAAACACGGGAUUGGCGUUCCACUGUGAAACACUUGCCUACUUAUGAUGGCUUUCACUAUGCUGAGGCCGGUGUCGACGCAUCUUUUCUCUUACCCCGCUGACCUGACCUUGAUGUCGGACGAUGAGGAGGGGAACCGCAGCGAGAGCGACGGCAGCACCGACCAGGGCUACGGUUGCUGCGGGACUCCGGGGGAGAGUUACCGGCGGGAAUCCGUCGGCGUGGUGCGGCAGCGAAACGCCGCUAACGCCAGGGAGAGAUACCGGACCCAGAACGUCAACACGGCCUUCACGGCGCUGCGGACACUCAUCCCCACGGAGCCGGUGGACAGAAAACUCUCCAAAAUCGAGACGCUGCGCCUGGCGUCCAGCUAUAUCUCACACUUGGCAAACGUGCUGGUGGUCGGGGACGGGAGGGAAGACGGCCAGCCGUGCCUUAGUGCAGUCUACAAGGAGGUGAAGGGGAGUGGAGAAGGCAAACAGCCCCGGACUAUCUGCACAUUCUGCCUCAGCAACCAACGGAAAGGGGUGAAAGACAGACGAGACUGUGUAAAAAUGCAUGGAAGCAGCGGGAGACUAAGUCGGCGAUGAAACUGGACAGGAGUAUGAGCGGAUGUUUUCAGAGCAGGCCUACACCGACCAUUCCUCGUGUCUGGAAGAAUCUCAGCACCGUAACAGUCUUGCAGGACUACUCUGAAUUUUUUGGGAGUUUGGCUCAUUGGUCAUUUUUACUCAGUAUGGGAUAAGAGCGUUGGCAAGAAAACCAUCUGUGUCACCAGCAAGUUAGUUACUCUUUCAUUAUUUGUACUGUACUCAUGAUGAUCUAUGUUGUUUUAUCAUGCUGGUUAAGGCUUAUAUGGUUAAGGCGUAUCUGUACAUCAAACUCUCCACUUACAGGUGUGAAAUUGCAAGUAAUUUAUAUUUUCUGAUCAUGGGUAUUUAAAUGUCUAAUGCAAAAGCAUUAGCAUGAAUGCCUGACAGAUGGUGCCUAUCCCUUUAUUUUGCAUACUCUACAGUUUGAGGGACUGAUGAGACAGACUCCUACAAAAGUUUGCUCCCUUCUUUAAAAGCUAAACUUAAAGUGAGCUGACUUAACUCGCAAACAAACCGGCUCCCUGCUCCAAAGCAGCUUCAGGAAUGAAAAGUGAGAGGACAGACCACUGCAUCCGCCUGACUCAGUGUUGUGAAUUUGUGUGCAACAGGAGGACAUAUCUGUGGGACACUAUUUUGUUUGCUUUUUCAUUACACAUUGUAAUCUACUUUGAAAUUAAAAUUUAUUUUUACAUAG